GUUUUUUCUCGGUUCCAAGUGCGUUUGAACGCACCUUUUCUACCGGACGUGACGUACUAAUUAAUUGUUGAAUCGGGACUUCCGUUUUGUCGUGUGGUGGAAGCAUCCUGAGCCAGCCAAGAUGACAACAGCUGCGAGACCGACGUUUGAGCCGGCGAGAGGAGGUCGAGGUAAAGGAGAAGGUGACCUGAGCGCUCUGUCCAAGCAGUACUCCAGCCGAGAUCUUCCAGGUCACACCAAGAUCAAAUACAGGCAACCUACUCAGGAUAAUGUAGAGGAGGUGCGUGCCCGUGACUUCCGCAGGGAGCUGGAGGAACGAGAGCGUGUAGCUGUACGUGAUAAGACCAGAGAGAGGGGACCAAGAGAUCACACCACAUCCUCUUCGUCAUCUUCCUCGUCAUCUUCAAAGAGGCCUAGACUGGAUCAGAUCCCAGCAGCCAACCUUGACGCAGAUGACCCUCUCACUGAUGAUGAUGAGGACGAGGACUCUGAGGAGGACAGUGAUGACGACGACACUGCAGCUCUUCUGGCUGAGCUGGAGAAGAUCAAGAAGGAGCGGGCUGAAGAGCAAGAACGCAAAGAGCGGGAGCAAAAGGCAGAGGAGGAGAGGAUUCGUAUGGAGAACAUCCUGAGUGGGAAUCCAUUGAUUAAUUUGGCAGGUCAACAGCAACAGAUGCCCCAGACUCAGAAUACAUUCAGGGUCAAGAGAAGGUGGGAUGAUGACGUCGUGUUCAAAAACUGCGCCAAAGGAGUGGACGAGGCACGGAAAGAGAAACGCUUUAUCAACGAUACGCUGCGCUCUGAGUUCCACAAGAAAUUUAUGGAGAAAUAUGUAAAGUAAAGGACUUAGUGUGUGUUCAUUUUAUUGUUUGUCUGUGGGGGGUUUUUUUUAAACGGAUUUCUUUGGUCUCAUCGUUCCACCUGGUAGAAACAACUAAUGCAUUUAAAUACGUUCUUUAUUUAAAUGUGAGUUUCUCUACAGACAACAGUUAAAAUGUUGUAUAUAAAUUAAUUUGCAUCCUUUGAAUAAAGCUUAAAACAAAGUGGA